UGCACGUACAAAGAAUAUCAACUCCAAAGAAGCCACAAAGUGGAGCGCAAAGAAGAACAAGAGAGGCAUUGUAUAUAGACUGCUACUGUACAGAGUGAAGAGUCGUUGGAUAAUUAUAUUUUUAGUUGCCGGCGGGAUAGAGAUCCGACAGGAUGCGGUGUGUCGAUUCGCGGGAUAUACACACGGAUAUCAAAAUAAUCAGAGAUCGGUAGAGCAGUAAAAUACCAUACCUAUAUAUAUCGUUCAUUGUAAUUGCUUCGAUCGAGUGAGAACAUGACUCGAGAGUGGCUGCACGCGGUCGUGGCUCGGAGGAACGAGGCUCUGAAGAAUUUCGAGUUCUUCGACGAGGAGACGGUGCCCGUGAAUAUAUCGACGCUUUUCAAGUUGAACCAGCUGACCGCGACGUCGGCAAUCAUCGUCACGGGCUACAUCCCGAUCGACGCCACCAGAUUCUCGCUAAAUCUGAGAUGUAGAGCAUCGGGGUCGAUAGCCUUGCACUUCAACCCUCGGCUCGAUCGCGGCUACAUAGUUCGGAACAGCAAACACAAGGGAUGCUGGGAGGAGGAGGAGACCUGCUCGCCAUUGCCGGCUCGAGGCUACCUUUUCCGGAGAAAUUCCUUUUUUCACCUCACGAUAUUUUGCACCCUCAAUGAAUUUCAGAUCGCGAUAGAUGGAGAACACUUUUGUGCCUUUGCCUACAGGAUUCCGCUGCAAGAAAUCAUCGGCCUCGAGUUCAACGACCAUGUCGAGGAGACGAGGGUCCGACAGACCAACAUCCACGAGUAUCCCGAUCCGCAGAUUUGCAAGCCGACCAGAAUUUUAGAGUUGCGAGACGCCCAGCCACUGAGCGAUAAUUUGGGAUUGCCUGCCGUCAUCGAUCUCCCGCAGGGAUUCGACGUUGGAGCGAAAUUGACGAUCAAGGGUAGACUGAAAUUACUGCCGCACUCAUUCUACAUAAAUCUUCAAAAAGGAAAAAGCGUGUACCCCCAUCCGAUCAUCGCCUUGCACUUGAAUCCACGUUACUACUAUGGAAAUCAGCCGUCGUGUUUAAUCAUGAAUAGUUGGAACAGUGGCAUGUGGGACAAAGAGGAACGCCACGAGGGCCAAUCUUGGACCCCUGGACGAGAAUUUUCGUUAAUAAUCCGCUGUGAGUUCAAUGGCUACAGCGUGUGGCUCAAUGAUAAAUUGAUUGGCGAAUUCCAGCACAGGCUGAAGCCGAUGAUCAUCAAUACCGUCCGCAUCACGGGAGACUUGGUGCUCUACCAGAUGCUCGUCUCAUACCAGUGAAAGAAAACUACGCAAUUCACGCAAACAGUUUCUGCGAGAAAUUUUUCCUGAAAAUGAUCGUACUUUUGC